UGCGGAGCACCGAAGCGUAUUGGUUGCUGCUGGGCCAGAUUUUAAUAAUGGUGCCCAUUAGCAUUGGGGCAGAGUCCAGCAACUGGACGGAACAGUUGGAGCUGGAGCUGCAGCGUCAGCCAAACAAGCUGGCCUAUUGCCGUACACUGCAGCGCCUCCAGCUACAGUACGAGAUAACCAGCUGCGUCCACAUACUGGAGGAUGAGCUCACGAUGACCGGAGAGCUGCUGAUGGACUCGCAACAGCGCUGCUGGUGGGGCUGGGAGCUGUUCGGCAGGCGUUGCCGCAAACGUGUAUAGGCUUAGCUACAGCAACUAUUGUGAACAAAUUCUGCAAAUCUGUGACUUUUAACGCUUAUGGGGAAAAUCAGGAAAAUCAGAGCAGGCCACACACUUGACAGCUGGUUGACUAAAGUUCAACUGGCAACAUGCGUCGUCUCUAUGACUUCUUAUAUACAAUUAUUUUGUUAGCUUAUGGAAAGGCUUGUGGAAAAGCAGCCAGAAGUGUGCUGAAUCCUUAUUAAAGGCAAGCUAUAACAAUU